AUGCAAGCUUCAGCCCGGGUCGGGCCGACUGGCACACCAGUGACCUGUGAGGCGAAUCUUCUUUGCCAGGAGGAGGCCACACAGUUGGAAUACAGUCACGUGCCUGGCAAUGACCACUCUGCUGUAUUUCGCACCCUCAUCGCCAUCGGCAGCCAAUUGCCGCCACCAGCACACCCUCAAUUACUGCCAUCGCACCCUCGCACCCCCGUCGCCUCAUUUGCCGACCCUCCACGCCCACCCUUUGCCGACCCUCCACGCCCACCCUUUGCCGACCCUCCACGCCCACCCUUUGCCGACCCUCCACGCCCACCCUUUGCCGACCCUCCACGCCCACCCUUUGCCGACCCUCCACGCCCACCCUUUGCCGACCCUCCACGCCCACCCUUUGCCGACCCUCCACGCCCACCCUUUGCCGACCCUCCACGCCCACCCUUUGCCGACCCUCCACGCCCACCCUUUGCCGACCCUCCACGCCCACCCUUUGCCGACCCUCCACGCCCACCCUUUGCCGACCCUCCACGCCCACCCUUUCCCAACCCUCCACGCCCACCCUUUGCCGACCCUCCACGCCCACCCUUUGCCGACCCUCCACGCCCACCCUUUGCCGACCCUCCACGCCCUCCUUUGCCGCUUUGCGGCUCUAUUCCCGGUGAGCCGCCUAUUGCAAGUAGAGGGCCAUGGAGAACCAGCCCAAAGUGGAACGAUGACCUCACAGCGGACCUUCUCCGCUGUGUCAUUGCGGCCAUGCGGGAUGCAGGCAGGGCUACCUUCGCCAAAGUGCAGUGCUGGGAUGCUGUCUUCGCCCGGUGGAAUGCCCAGCAUGCCGACCUCAACUUCACGGAAUCGCAGCUGCGGAACCGGCUCAACGCGGUGAAGGCGUGGGUUCGUGAUACUGAUAAUAUCACGAAGGAUGGUAAAUGGGAUGAUUAUAAACGGUGGCUCUACCACACCGCACCGUGGCUUAGCCUUGGCGAGCAGGUUGUUCCCAAAUCCCGGUUGCGUGGCAGCAGCUACGCAUUCGCGACAGGGGAUGGCGACAGGUACUACUCAGACGGCCCAGGUGGAGACGAACUCUCGAGUGGGGAUGAAGUGGCGGAUGCAGCGCAUACUAGAGGCCGGCAGCGCCGUCGACUGGGACUUGAGCAGAGCAGUCCUCACACGUCUGCGCCUUCAAUGGCCACCACAUCCCAUCCUCCUGCAUCCGCAUCCCCACCCCCCGCUCCUGCAGCAUCCCCCUUUCCCCCACACGGUGCAUCCCCACCCCCCGCUCCUGCUGCAAGCCCCACUACCGCACCCACUGCACUCCCGUCCGUUGCAAGUAGAGGCCCAUCGAGAACCACCGCCACUGGCACAAGGUCAAUGAUAAAGUGGACUGAUGACCUCACAGCCGACCUCCUCCGCUGUGUCAUAGCGGCCAUGCGGGAUGCAGGCAGGGCGCCCUUUGCCAAAGUGCAGUGCUGGGAUGCUAUCUUCGCCCGGUGGCAUGCCCAGCAUGCCGAUUUGAACUUCACGACGGAGCAGCUGCGGAACCGGCUCAACGCAGUGAAGGCGUGGGUGAAAGACAUCAGGGAACUCAAGUCGUGGGUUCGAGAAGGUGUGAACUGGGACCCUGCACGCGACUUCUUCGACCCAAGUACCAUGGUUCGUGAUGUCAAUAUCCCUCCGCGUAAAUGGGAUGAUUAUAAACGGUGGCUCACCCACACCGCACCGUGUCUUAGCCUUGGCGAGCAGGUGUCACGUCAUGUCAACCACGCAUGCACCACCACAGGGGAUGGCAAUAGGUAUUACUCAGACGACCCGGGUGAAUACGACCUCUCGAGUGGGGAUGAUGAGGCGGAUGCAGUGUACAUUAUAGGUCGGCAGCGCCGCCGCCCGGGACUUGAAAACAGCAGUCCGCACCAGUGUGCUGCUGCAGCAGCAAGCCCCAAUCCCGCACCCGCAGCAUCCCCUGAUCGUGCGCAGCCCGCCCUCCCCCCUUAUGCCUUCCCCUCGCCCUCCCUCCAUCCGCCCCCCCUUGAUCUCCCCGUGCCCCCCCCGCACGCGAACACCUACGAGCUUGGGUUGCUGGGCAAUGGCUCCACAGGCAGGGAAGGUGCCACGCUCGCAGGCACGGGCACGGGCACGGGCACAGGUGCAGGUACAGGCACAGGCGCGGGCGCGGGCACGGGCACAGGUACAGACACAGGGUUGCGUGAACAGCGGGAGCGUGGGGAACAGGCAUUGAAAAGCGGCAAGUGGCGGCCGAUGUGGGACAACGAGCAGACAACAACUCUUUUGGAGAUCAUUCGCGAUGUGCUGCGCGCUCAGGGCACCCCUCUCCCCGGCAGGAUCGAGGACUGGGGGGCGGUGCACCGCGAGUGGUUGAGGCGGGGGUUACCACGGUACUCGAAGGAGCAGCUGAGAAUCCGGUGCGGUUCGGUGCGCGGGUGGGUGAAGGAUAUUCAGUUUCUGCAGGAGCUGCUGCCGCCUGAAGUCACCUGGGACCCCACCACUCAGUGCUUCAACCCCGACCCUGAGGCGGAUUGGGGAGAAGGGGAGGGAGAGGAGGAGGGUGGGGAAGAGGAGGAAGAUGAAGUGAUGGAGGUGCGUUCUGGUGGGGAGGGGAAUGGGGAUGCGGAGGAGGAGGUUGAGGAGGGGGAGCGGGGAGAGGGAUGGGGCGAUGGGAGCCGACUGCGGCGAGUGGCAGGGAGGUAUAGGGAUGGAUCAGGAAGGAAUGUGCGGCGGCGGAGAGACAGAGAGGGGGUGGAGGCACAGGGGGUGAGUGGAGAGCGGUGGAGGGGUGGAGAGUGGGAUGGUGAUGAGUGGUUGGGGACGUGGAGGAUGGAUGCGUUGCAACAGGCUGCACAGGGAGGGAGUGUGCGGAGCAGAGAGGGACGAGAGGGUGGGGAAGGGAGAGGGGUUGGGAGUGGUGGGGUCGGGGCUGCGGAGGGGAAUGGUGGGGUCGACCGUGCAGCUGACGCACCGCGGGUCAAUGGUGUUCCGCGUGCUGAGGUGGCACGUAACAAUGUCACCUUCGCUGAUGUGGCUUGUGCUGCUGACGUGGCUCGUGCUGACGUGCCUCGUGUAGAUGGGACUGGUGGUGCAAGUGCGGAUGAGAGGGACGAGUACCCUGCGAGGCUGGCAGCGCGGAUCGCUGGCAUGGCAGCGAGCAGGAGAGAGCAAGGCGGCACAGAGAGGCGCGGGGCAAUGGAGAGGAAGCGGCAGCGGCGGGUGAUGGAGAGUGUGGCGCGUGCCGUCAAGAGCAUGGCGGAGAAGGGCCAGCCGCACGUGCAUAGAGACGUGGUGGCAGACGGUGUGUCCAAAUCGGUGCAAAGUUUCUUCUCUCAAGCUCCUUCUGAGCCCUCUGAGGACACAGCUUUGGCCUCCCCUUCUCUCCCCCCACCCCACCCCCCACCAGACGCGGUGGCGGACAGUGUGGUGAAGGCGGUGCAGGACGUGCAGGCCCUCCCCUCUCUGACGGACGCGCAGCGCGUGGCGGCCAUCGACGCCUUCCUGCAGCGCCCCCUCGACGCCCACGCCUUCCAGGCCAUGAGCCCCGCCCUGCAGACCCUCUUUGCCCGCCGCGCCCACGCCCAGGCCGUCGACAGGCAGCUGGCCGGGAUUCAAGCUGCCGCUGCUGCUGGGGGGAAUGCGCUCCUCCCAGACCAGCAGCUUCGGGGGCUGCCAGGUGUGGCUGGGGUUGCUGGUGUGGUGGGGGGGACUGCGGGGGUGGGAACGGAGGGGGUGGGAACGGAGGGGGUGGGAACGGCGGGGUUGGGAACGGCGGGGUUGGGAACGGCGGGGGUGGGAACGGCGGGGGUGGGGACGGCGGGGGUGGGGACGGCGGGGGUGGGAACGGCGCGGGUGGGAACGGCGCGGGUGGGAACGGCGCGGGUGGGAACGGCGGGGGUGGGAACGGCGGGGGUGGGAACGGCGGGGGUGGGAACGGCGGGGGUGGGAACGGCGGGGGUGGGACCGGCGGGGGUGGGAACGGCGGGGGUGGGAACGGCGGGGGUGGGAACGGCGGGGGUGGGAAUGGCGGGGGUGGGAACGGCGGGGGUGGGAACGGCGGGGGUGGGAACGGCGGGGGUGGGGACGGCGGGGGUGGGAACGGUGGGGUUGGGAACAGCGGGGGUGAGCAUGGGGAGUACAGGAAUGGGGGCAAGGGGAAGAGGGGGGACGAGCAUGGUGGGAACGGUAAUGGGGGGAACACGGAUGGGGGAAACGGGAAUCGGUUCGAGGGGAUUGGGGACGGUGGGGCAAACGGGGGCAGUGGGAGGGAUGGCACGAGGUGGGGGUGUGGCAGGAGGUGGGAGUGUGGGUGUGGGAACGGCAGCAGCAGGUACAGUAGCAGCAGACACAGCAGGAGAAGGGAGGGGUGUACAAGGUGUGGGAGGGCUGGUAGGGGGAGUAGGGGAAACCGGGGCGGCAGCAGGGGCAAGAGGAGCAGGAGGGUUGGGCGGCACACAAGGGGCGGGCGGCAUGGCAGGGCUCCAGGUGCUGGGGCCUCGCGUGCAGGAGUUGAUGCAGGAGUUGGUUAGGGAGAUCCUGGGAGCAGUCAAUGCGAGUCAACAGAUGGUCAGCACCGGUCAAGGGGCGGUCAAUGCAGGUCAAGGGGCAGUCAAUGCUGGUCAAGGGGCGGUCAAUGCAGGUCAAGGGGCGGUCAAUGCAGGUCAAGGGGCGGUCAAUGCAGGUCACACGAGGGUAACUGGCAAUCCAGUGGUGGUCAACGGGAUUCGAUGCGAGUGCCAUGAGUGUGUGGCUGCUAGAUUGGCAAUGAGAACACGUGAAGGCACAGUCAACGCGAGUCAAGAUGGAGUCAACGCGAGUCAACGAGUGAUCAAUGCGGAUCCAAGGAGGGGAGUGGUAGCGAAUCAAGUGGAGACAGCUGUCGGCCAUUCAGGGUUAGGUGCAGGUCGUGUGGGGACGGCUGCUGUGCUAGAGACAAGAAAUGCUGGUCAAGCACCAGUCAACACGGGUCAAGCACGAAUAAACGCCGGUCAAGCACGAGUCAACACUGGUCAAGCAGCAGUCAACACUGGUCAAGCACGAGUCAACGCUGGUCUAGCACGAUUAAACACUGGUCACACAACAGUCAACGCCGGCCAAGCACGAGCCAACGCUGGUCACGCUGCAGUCAACCCUGGACAAACACCAGUCAACACUGGUCGCGCAGCAGCCAACGCCAGUCACGCACGAGUCAACGAUGGUCAAGCACCAGUCAACGCGGAUCAAGCACGAAUAAACGCCGGUCAAGCACGAGUCAACGCUGGUCUAGCACGAUUAAACACUGGUCACACAACAGUCAACGCCGGUCAAGCACGGGUCAACGCUGGUCACGCAGCAGUCAACCCUGGUCAAGCACCAGUCAACACUGGUCACGCAGCAGCCAGCGCCAGUCAAGCACGAGUCAACGCUGGUCAAGCACCAUUCAACGCUGGUCACGCACUGGUCAACACUGGUCAAGCACCAUUCACUGCUGGUCAAGCACCAGUCAACGCUGGUCAAGCACUGGUCAACGCUGGUCAACCACCAUUCAACGCGUUUCAACUUCAAGCACUGGUCAACGCUGGUCAAGCACCAUUCAGUAUUGUUCAAGCAUUUGUCAACGCUGGUCAAUCACCAUUCACUGCUGGUCAAGCACCAGUCAACGCUGGUCAAGCACCAUUCAGUGUUGUUCAAGCAAUGGUCAACGCUGGUCAAGCACCAGCCAACGCUGUUCAAGCGCUGGUCAACGCCAGUCAAGCACCAUUCACUGUUGGUCAAGCACUAGUCAACGCUGGUCAAGCACCAUUCAACGCUGGUCAAGCACCGGUCAACGCUGGUCUAUGGGCUGCUAAUGCAGGUGGAGGGGUGGGCCAAGGCAGAGCAGAGGGAGGAGGGGUGUGGAGGGACACAGCAAUCCUGGGGCUGCUGUUGAAGCUGCUGCAAGGCCAGGCGAAGGAAACGGGUGGGGCUGUGGCGAGGGGACAGGGCGAAAACGGCGGGCAAAGAGGGGAGCAGGGAGAGCAGCAGGGAAGGCAGCAGGGAGGGGAGCAGGGAGGGGAACAGGGAGGGGGGCAGGGAGGGGAGCAGGGAGGGGGACAGGGCGGGGGGCAGGAGGGGGGGCAGGGAGGGGGACAGGGCGGGGGGCAGGAAGGGGGGCAGGGAGGGGACCAGGGAGGGGACCAGGGAGGGGGACAGGGAGGGGGGCAGGGAGGGGAGCAGGGAGGGGAACAGGGAGGGGAACAGGGAGGGGGGCAGGAAGGGGAGCAGGGAGGGGAGCAGGGAGGGGAACAGGGAGGGGGGCAGGAAGGGGGGCAGGGAGGGGAACAGGGAGGGGAACAGGGAGGGGGGCAGGAAGGGGGGCAGGGAGGGGAACAGGGAGGGGGGCAGGAAGGGAAUCGGGGAGGAAAUGGAGGAGCGGAUGAGAGAGUCAGCUUGCCGGGAGAAAGCGGCAGUGGAGGGGGGCACUUCACGCUGUCGCACCGCUGUGUGGCGGACGGGCCGGCAGGGCAGUGCAGCCUGUGCAGCAUCGUUGCCAAUUUCGCCAAAAUGGUGGGCGCCCAGGGUGGCCUGGGGGGCGCGCAGGGUGGCCUGGGGGGCGUGCAGGGUGGCCUGAUGGGGGUUGCUGCAGGGGGAGGAGUGCCCGCAGCAAGCGAUCUGAGGGGGAGUGGUGGUGGGGAAGUGGUGGCUGUGCCGAGUGGAGGAGGAGGGGGUGGUGGGGGAGAUGUACGCAUGUCGGAAGGAGGAGGGGGGAGUGGUGGUGGAGGGGAGGAGGGGGUGGGCGUUGAAGUUGAAGGGGUUGAGGCGGGAGUGACGGGAGAGGUGGGAGAGACGGGAGAGGUGGGAGAGGUGAGGCCAGGGGGAGGUGGAGAGGGACGGGGGGCUGGAGAAGGAGGGGAGGGCGUAGAAGGAGGGGGGAAUGGGGGAGGGGGGGGUGGAGAGGGAGGGGGUGGUGGAGAGGGAGGGGGGGAUGGAGAGGGAGGGGGGGGUGGAGAGGAACGGAGGGUUGGAGAAGGAGGGGAGGGUGGAGGGUUGGGCGGCACAGGUUGGUUGGGUGACACGGCAGGGCUGCAGCUGCUGGGGCAUGGCGUGCAGGAGUUUGUUGGAAGAGAGAGCCUGGGAGCAGUCAACGCGAGUCAACAGAUGGCCAGCACAGGUCAACAGGCAGUCAACGCUGGUCAAGGGGCAGUGAACAUGCGCCAAUCAGCAGUGAAUCAAGGUCCAUUGGAGAGUGCGGGCGCAGGCGAAGGGGCAAUCAACGCUGGUCAAGGGGCAGGGAACGCAGGUCAAGGGGCAGUGAACGCAGGUCAAGGGGCAGUGAACGCAGGUCAAGGGGCAGUGAACGCAGGUCAAGGGGCAGUGAACGCAGGUCAAGGGGCAGUGAACGCAGGUCAAGGGGCAGUGAACGCAGGUCAAGGGGCAGUGAACGCAGGUCAAGGGGCAGUGAACGCAGGUCAAGGGGCAGUGAACGCAGGUCAAGGGGCAGUGAACGCAGGUCACACGGGGAUGACUGGCAAUCCAGUGGUGGUGAACGGGAUUCAAUGCAAGUGCCGUGAGUGUGUGGUUGCUACCUUGGCGGCCAGAAUACGUGAAGGUGCGGUCAACCUGAGUCAAGCGGUCAAUCUGAGUCAAGCAGCAGGCAAUCCAAUUCAAGCAGUAGUCAAUCCAAUUCAGGCAGCAGUCUAUGUGGCAAGUCAACUCGUGGCCAAUGCGGAUCCAAGGAGGAGAGUGGCAGCGAAUCAGGUGGAGACAGCUGUCGGUCAACGAGGAUUUAAUGCAGGUCGUGCAGUCAAUGCUGGUCAAACACCAGUCAACGCUGGUCAAGCACCAGUCAACGCUGGUCAAGCACCAGUCAACGCUGGUCAAGCACCAGUCAACGCUGGUCAAGCACCAUCCAACUAUGGUCUAUGGGCUGCUAAUGCAGGUGGAGGGGUGGGCCAAGGCAGGACAGUGGGAGGAGUGGAAGGAAGAGGAGGGGCUUGGAGGGACGCAACGAUCAUGGGACUGCUGCAGCUGCUGCUGCAAGGCCGGGCGAAGGAAAGGGGCGGGGCUGUGGCGAGGGGACAGGAGGAGACCGGCGGACAAAGAGCGGAGCAGGGAGGGGGGCAGGGAGAGGAGCAGGGAGGGGAGCAGGGAGGGGAGCAGGGAGGGGAGCAGGGAGGGGGGCAGGGAGUGGGGCAGGGAGGGGGACAGAGAGGGGGGCAGGAAGGGAGACAGGGAGGGAAGCAGGGAGGGGAGCAGGGAGGGGAGCAGGGAGGGGAUGAGAGAGUGGGAACGGUGAGCAUGCCGGGGGGAAGCGGCAGCGAAGGGGGGUUCUUCACGGUGUCGCACUGCUGUGUGGCGGACGGGCCGGCAGGGCAGUGCAGCCUGUGCAGCAUCAUGGCCAAUUUUGUGAGAGUAGUGGGCGCCUAUGGUGGCCUGGGUGGGGUUGCUGCUGGGGGAGGAGUGCCCGCCGCAAGUGACCUGAGGAAGAGUGGUGGGGAAGCGGUGGCUGUGCCGAGUGGAGGGGGAGAGGGUGCUAGGGGGGAGGUGGCUGUGCCGAGUGGAGGGGGAGAGGGUGCUAGGGGGGAGGUGGCUGUGCCGAGUGAAGUAGGAGGGCGUGGUGGGGGAGAGGUGUGCUUGUCGGGGGAAGGAGGGGGGAGUGGUGGUGGAGGGGCAGAGAGGGUGGGGGUUGCGGGUGAGGGGGUUGAGACGGGAGAGGUGAGGGCAGAGGUGGGUGGAGAGGCACAAGGGGAUGGAGAAGGAGGGGGGGGCGGAGAUGAAAAUAGGCAAACUAUCGCCUCAGCAGCAGCAGCCAAUGCAGGUCAAGGGGCGGCCAAUGCAGGUCAAGGGGCGACUUUGAGUGAAGGGAAGGAGUUGAGUUCACGGGAGGAUGUGCAUGGUGCUCGGGAAACGAGUGAGGGCGAGGGGUUGAGUGAGGGGAGGGGAACCGUGUGUGUGAGUGACGGGGAUAUGGUGCUUGAGGAGGGAGAUGUGAUUAUGGGGGAGGCAGGUACUUCUGAGGGGGAAGCGGAUGUGACUAUGGGGGAAGCGGACGUGACUAUGGGGGAAGCGGACAUGAGUGUGAUGAGAGGGGACCUCGUUAUGGGGGAAGGGACAACAACUGUGGGGGGAGGGGACAUCAAUGAAAUGGAAGGAGAGAGGAGUGGGAAGGAGGGAGAGAGGAGUGGGAAGGAGGGAGAGAGGAGUGGGAAGGAGGGAGAGACGAGUGGGAAGGAGGGAGAGAGAAGUGGGACAGAGAGAGGGAGGAGUGGGACAGAGGGAGAAACGAGUGGGAAGGAGGGAGAGAGAAGUGGGACAGAGGGAGGAAGGAGCGGGACAGAGGGAGAAACGAGUGGGAAGGAGGGAGAGACGAGUGGGAAUGAGGGAGAGAGAAGUGGGACAGAGGGAGAGAGGAGUGGGACAGAGGGAGAAACGAGUGGAAAGGAUGGAGAGACGAGUGGGAAGGAGGGAGAGAGAAGUGGGAAGGAGGGAGAGAAGAGUGGGACAGAGGGAGAGACGGGUGGGACAGAGGGAGAGACGAGUAGGAAGGAGGGAGAGAGAAGUGGGACAGAGGGAGAGAGGAGUGGGACAGUGGGAGAAACGAGUGGGAAGGAUGGAGAGACGAGUGGGAAGGAGGGAGAGAAGAGUGGGAAGGAGGGAGAGACGAGUGAGAAGGAGGGAGAGACGAGUGGGAAGGAGGGAAAGACGAGUAUGAAUGAGGGAGAGACGAGUGGGGAGGGAGAGACGAGUGGGAAGGAGGGAGAAACGAGUGGGAAAGAGGGAGAGACGAGUGGGAAGGAGGGGGAAACGAGUGAGAAGGAGGGAGAGACGAGUGGGAAGGAGGGAGAGACGAGUAAGGAGGGAAAGACGAGUGGAAAGGAAGGAGAAAUGAGUAGGAAGGAGGAGGAUGAUGCUAUUGGAAAAGUCAAUAUGAGUGCAACGGAAGGAGAGAAGGAAGGAGGCAUGAGCUCAGGGGAAGGCGAGGUGCAAGUGGCUUCAGAGACAGGCUGUGAAGGUCACUUGAUUGUCAAUGAUGGUCAGGGGGGAAGUGAUUCUCGUGAGAUGGCAGUCAACGAGGGUCAAGGCGAAGUCAAUGAGGGUCAAGGCGAAGUCAAUGAGGGUCAAGGCGAAGUCAAUGUGGGUCAAGGCGUGGAGGGUGCAAGUCAAAAGGUUGCAACUGACGGUCAAAUGCCAGUCAGCAAAGGUCAAUGCGCAGUCAACGGUGGUCAAGAAGCAAGCAGCGGGGGUGAGGGUAGUGGGCGCAUGCUCAAUGAGCGUUCAGCAGAAGACCAUGCAAGACAGAUACAGGAGGGUGGAGAUGAAGGAAAGGGCGCAGGGGGUGAAAGGGAAGCAAGGACAGGUCGAACCAACCAAUGUGGUGUGGAUGGGUUGGAUGAGGUGGAGUGGGAAGUCGAGGCAGGCACGGACUGA